AUGGCUGGUCUGGUGAAAGCAAAGGAUUAUGACUGGAAGGACUCUAAUCUGGCUCUCUUCGGGUCUGAUACAGAGAAGCAAAUUAAGAAGGAGUCUGCACUCACUGAAAAGGCCUGGGAACGCGUUGGAAAGGCCAAAGAACCCUUUCUCUUCGUAUGGCGUGUCAAGAAAUUCACACUCGAAGAGGUGAAACCUGAAGACGUUGGAACCUUCUACAACGGCGACUCGUACGUCGUCUGUAAGGGGACCAAGUUGCCGGAUAAGGAGAAGCUGCUUUACGACGUCCACUUUUGGAUCGGAAAACACAGCACCCAGGACGAGUACGGCACCGCGGCCUACAAGACUGUGGAGCUGGACACCUAUCUGGAUGACGCUGCUAUCCAACAUCGGGAAGUCGAGGGCUACGAGUCUGAGCGCUUCAAGGGCUACUUCAACAAAUUAGUGAUUCUCAAGGGUGGCUAUGCAUCUGGUUUCCGCCAUGUGGAGCCUGAAAAGUACCGCCCACGUCUUCUGCGUUUCUGCAAGGAGGGCAAGAUCACUUACAUGCGACAGGUGGAGUAUACCAAGAGUGCCGUUGAUUCUGGUGACGUCUUCAUUCUGGACCUGGGUGCAACGGCCUACCAGUUCAACGGCUCUAAGUGCAGCGCCUUCGAGAAGAGUUCUGCGGCCGCUUUUCUGCAAGAUCUGGAGUCAAGUCGCAAUGGGCGUUGCGUCACCCACGUCUUAGAAGAGAAAUCCAUUGACAAGGAUGUGAGUCCUCUCAUCGCCGUCCAGUCUUCAGUUUAUUUCACAAAACAACCCCACGAGUUCUGGAAAGCCCUCCCCGAUAAACCACUGAAGCCUGAAGCCGAGAAGGUCGAUGUAGUUAAGUCACUGUACAAGGUCUCGGAUGCCUCUGGGAAAAUCCAAAUUUCUAUGGUUUGCGAAGGCAGUGCUCCCAAGAACUCUAUCAAGCCCGAUGAUGUUUACAUGAUUCAGGACAAGAGUGGUCUCUUUGUCUACAUCGGCAAGGACUGUUCCCACGCGGAGAAGAGGAACGCCUUCAGCAUUGCCCACAAAUUCUUGCAAACCAGCAAAAAUCCCUUCCUGCCCAUCACUGUGGUCACCGAGGAGCAGGCUGCCUCCUUCCUGGCUGGUAUCUGGGACUGA